GGCAAAGGUCAGGGGUUAGGGGGCAGGACUAACCCAAUAUGGCAACCAGGGGACAGGCAUACCCAUGUGGCCCUCCACAGCUCACUGUAACUUGUUAAGCGGCCUGACACCCGAAAUAAUUGCCCGUCCUUGUGUUAGAAGCUGUAGAUACUUGUGGACCAACUCUUCUAGAGCUUCUGGAAAUCAAUGAACGUACUUUCCUGUGCUCUUUUACUGCAACCUUGGGACUCCAAGGAAAGCCCCAAGAUGAUCAUGUUCGCAGUGGACAAUAUGCUGCUCUCUCAUCAUACAAUUGUUUAGACAUAAUGUGUUAGCCUAAUUUAGACAUCCGGAGUUAGGUGAUCUCAGUGUGCAAGACUGAACAUUACAUCCUUCAUAUUAAAAAUAGCCUUUUCUGCCCCAACAAACUUCAACGUUAGCAACAAAGGAUGGGUAACACUAUCCCUUUAGAGAUUAUUAAUAACUUCCAGAGCAUAUGGAGACAAAUAAUACAAUCCUAUCUCUAAGUUAUUCUGGGAUUGUGAGGCGCCACAAUACAUUAGGAGUUAUUUUCAUCUGAAUGCCUGCGCAAUUGCUGUUGAACAUCGAUACGCAUUGUUAUGCGAGUCAAUAUUUUUGGAGACUUGUAGCGUCUGGACCCAGAUGAGCGAGUUAAGAAUGGCAGUCGGUAUUGAUUUGGAAUAGCUUUGCUUUUGGGGGGUUGAGACUUGUCACAACUUCCCAGUACCUUAUACUAAUUUUUUUGUAACUUCAUUUCAAAUAUGUCUUUACAACAUGAGAGAUGGAAAAACAUGUAGAUCUAAUUUGCUCAACUAUGUGUUUCUAUUGUUUUUUAACAAAAAUAAAAUUAGGAACAAGCUAAGACAUCAGGAGUAAAAAACUAAAAUUGGUAGUAAGCAGGCUCUUACAUAGUUGUGAGAAGAAUGUUAUGCUCAUUUUUAGUGGUAGAAAUUGGCACGCUAUAAGUUGCACUGACCCCUUGAAAUACUUAGACCUUUUUUUUUUCUUUUUUACAUGCUUGAGCAGCAGCUUAUGGCACUUUGAUCUGUUUGUUGUGCUGAACGGAAACCACGCUGUGAAAUAGUACCGCCUUUGUUAUGCUGAACAAGGUCGACCAGCCGUGCGGUUAUGUACAACUUGGUAAAUCAGCCUGCUAGAACGAAAAUUUAGAAAAAGCUAAAGUGUGAUUUGCUAUAACCAUUCUUGCCCUGUUACUUAUUUUCUUGUAAAUAGAUACCACGUGUAAAAUGAUCUGAACAAAAGUAAAACUUUUGUACACUUUAUUUUUAUACUUAAAGCAGAAAUAAAUAUAGAGAAGACUGGAAAUUUGUAAAUGUGGGGGGUUUUUUUAAGGGUGGAAGCUCGGGCCUUGGCAUUAUGUAAGCUAAGCCCUAAAGCCUGGCUGGGAAAGAGAGGGGGUGCUGGCAAAGUAACCCCGUGGGGAAAGCGCUGGAGCUCCACGCCCUGCUGCUGGUGGACUCUGUUUUCAGAGUCGUUCUGUGACCGGGCCCAUUUGUAGAACAGCAAUAGGAGCGUGUGUUGGGAUCCUUGUCAGAGGAGCUUCUACUGAGCAGCAAGAGAUGCAGGUAGUACUGAGUUGUGGCUCUUCCAGCCAGUGGGCUGCAGCUCUGCUUCUUGGCUCCCGUGUGACAGGGCAUUUACAUCUCUCCAAUUCUUGCACAUCAGAUCUACAAAAAGGGACCUACUCACAUUCCUUGGAAAACUUACCUUGGGAUUUGUGGUGAAUGACAAGAGUUGACAUAAUUUUUCUUGGGGGCUUUACAAGGACGUGUUUGUAGCUCAACUGGAGCUUGUGUCUGGAGUUAGGUAGUCUCAGUGUGUGCAGGCUCAGUAUUAAUGUGAAAGGAUUAGAAUGAAUCUGAUGCUUUUCCUAGAUGCAGCAUUUGCAUCUCUUUUUAUCUAUUCAUAAGCACCGUAGAACAUAGUUUGUAAUGAAGUGCUGUAGGAAAUGCCAGGGAUUCUAGUUGCUGUGUGUAUGUUUAACUGCUAUUUAGCUUCUCACCAAUAUCAGAACAAAUCCUGAGAGUUUUUGUUUGAUUUAAAUCAGAACUUUAGUCCUGUACAACAACUGCGACAGCCCUCUCUAUUCAUAAAAGUGAGUGGGCCGGAAAGUGAGGGGGCCAGAGGAUGCUCACCGUACGCGAUUACGCCCUUUGUUAUGUAAAAGGAUUUGGUGACGCAGGCUACCUUCUUAAGCUACUAUAAUCUGAAACUAAGUCAGAAACACCUGAUUUCCUGCCCAUUUAAAGAACUGAGUAGCAGAUGAAUUGCCAGUGCGUAUAAAAACAAUUCAACUUUCACGACUGCACUGUAAGAGCUGCAUGACUUUCAUUCGCAGGUAAGCUGCAUUUUGUACACUGGGUCUAUAAAUGCUCAAAAUGUGAAAAUGCCAGUUGAUGAUGUGACCUGGAAGAAAAUACACUUUAGUUAUGUAGUUUUAGGAUAAGUACUAAAGAUUUUGUAUUGUCCAACACUGUUUUCAAGAAAAACGUUGAUUUUUUUUUUUUUUUUUUAAAUGAGAAGCAUGGUUUUCAUCUUGAACUAAAGAAGGACACUAAAUCUUGCACAACUUAGAAAUAUGAUGUGCGACCCUGUGUUCUGAUUCUAAAAAUCUUUGUUCAAAUAGAUUUGAAUCUGACUUAAACCUACAGCUGAGUCAAGGAGGUUUGCUUCUUGCUAUUUUAUGUGAUUAGAAAAGUAUCGUAAAAAGAAGAGGCUGGGUUACUGUUAAGAUUUUCAAGACCCCUCUGGGUCCGAUCCCAGUGCAGUUUAGAUUUUGCAUGACAGUAAGACAUUUUAUUGACAAAUUCUGCUUAUUUCUUAUAUUUGUACCUGCUACACAUUAAUUCAUUUGUUAACCUGUAGCCUUCCCUAGCGCACAACUGUCUAGGCGUGAAUGUGGAGCAGCCACAGAAUGACUGAGCUCAAAAUCCUUGUGGAAAGUAGUUUGCUAUAAACCACUACCAACUGGAAGCCCUUUCGUUUUUAAGCGAUUCCCCUUCUUUAUGAUCUCACAAGGUCCCUAAACUAAUUUUCAAAAUUAGAAGGUUCAGUUAUAGUUUCACGUAUUUGUCUGGCAUGAUUCUUCAGAGGUUAGAUUGGAAAACAUUUGUACUGUGACUGUGCUGUGUCUGCACGUCUUCUCUGUAGCAUCUCUCCUACUUACUAUUUACACUUUGUGUGUGCAGAUUUGCGCACCAGUAUCGUUGUUUUGAACAGGAGUGACUUUAAAAAAAAUCAAACAAUAUAACUGUACUAGAAUUGUGUCUAUUGUAUGCUACUAUUAUAGCUUAUUCCCAUUCCCAUGUUGGUAUAGCUGUAUGCAGGGCUGUCCCUGGUGGGGGUGAAUCGGGGCGACUGGCCCCGGGCCCUGCACUUUUGGGGGGCCCCGUGGUCAGUGCUGCAUAAGCCCCACUGCCGCCGAGUGCUGCCGUCUCUGGCCGCUAACCACCCCAGGCCCCGCACACCCCUAGGGAUGGCUCUGGCUGUAUGCAAGCCCUUACAUAGAAUAGAUGCCAUUAUAACGCUAAGGACGGCUGUGCUAUACUGCUAGAAUUAAGUCAGUAUAUAGAUAAGUACAGGUAUUUUGAAAAGUUCAGCGUAGCAAAUAUUUUGAAACUAUCAGAAUGCAAUUUUUGUUUUCUGUUCAGUGCGACUUGCAUUGUCACACUUCUCUAUCUCCCUUUCUUCAUAAAAAAUAACAGCUAUUUUGGGGGGAGAGGUGUGGGGCUGAAGGUAACCCAAUAUUAUUUUCUCCAUAUAUGUACCUGACUGCCACUGGCAAUAAUGAAAGCAGUCCUAUAUUGAGAGACACCUUUUAUUACAUAAUUAAGGGCAUCCUGCUCUUUCUGCAGGGCACAGUGUCUUUCAGGUAACAUUUAACACAUGUGCGUGAGCGUGUGUGGGCUCUUCCAUACACAAAGUGCAGAGAGCUGGAAAUUAAACAGCAUAUACAAAUUGUUUUUUAAAUACAUAAUCUGUUUUUUUCCUAUUAUUUAUGCAGGUGCUAUCUUAAUGCUGAUGCAUCUUUUAUGUAUGGAAGCAGAUGGUCUACCUUGGUGUAGGAUUCCAACACGUUGCCUAUGAAAUAUGUUAGUGAAAGUACAUGUGCAGCUCUGCAAAGCUGGUUAUUGUCCAUCUGGCUUACACUGCCACACAGGGCACACCUAAUCCCCAUAUUAGUAAUCCAGCGCGGCUCUGCUUGUAAUCUUGCCAUAAACAGUUUGGCUACCACGAGGAAGUGUGCGUGAGGCUGUGUUUAGCAGCUUCUCUAAUGAAUGGGCGUCUGGCUUUGAGAGGGGCUUAUGCCUCCUUUUUUUAGAUCCACAUUCUUCCCACUAUCCUAAUCCGCUGCUGUAUAAAUCUUGUUUCCUUUUUGAGAUGGUUAUCCUCAUUAGCAAAUUAACCCUCUCUCAGGUGUGGGGUUUGAUUGUUUUUUGGGGGGGUUAACAAAGGGGAAAAUGCAUCCGAGGAAAUGUGAUUCCAACUCUUUCCCCGGCCACAUUUGCAAAGAUUGUUAGAAGCUGCUGAUUUUGAAUAAGCACAGGCAUUGAAUAAGCACUGAUUUUGAAUAAUUUGCAGGUAUUUUGAAUAAGCACAGGCUUUCAAUUCCAAGAUUCCUUGGAUGAUUUGCCAUCACAACUUGCUGAUCAGUGUUACACAAACCGAUUUGCACAGUGUCAUCGCUGAGUCCCUAUGGAAGUGGGUUCGGUUCUUUUGCCCUGGCUCAGCAGAAGCCAGAACCCAGGGGAUUUUUUUUGUUCACUAAAUUGAGUCAUUAAUACUAACUGUGGAAGAGAUGUUAUCCUGAUGGGAAGGAUUUAUAAGAGUAAAUCUGGGAGUGUGGGCUCUAUUAACAUAACGUUUGAGUCAGAAGUGGUGUUUUUUUGGAAUAUGGAAUCGCAACAGAGUGCGUGUGUGUGUCCGUGCCUGCAACUGCAACGGCAGCAUUUUUCUUCUUCCAGUAAUCUCUGGCUUGUUAAAUUGCUCCAGUGCCUCCUCAGCAGACACAUCCCAUGUGCCUCAUUAAAUACACUACCGCAUAGGAAGAAGCCCGAGAGAUUGCUCCUGAGUCCUGAACUUAUGAAGGUGGCUUCUGGGUCCCAUUGAUCAGGCUAGACAUAUGCUUAGCUGUGCUUCCCCCAUGCUCUUGGGUGACUGCUAGUUUACCAGUUGAAAUGGUCUACCCAUCUGCCACCCCAAGGUCAUCAGUACAUAUCCACAGGGUAAGGAAAUUGGGAAGUGUCUGCCUUUGAUGCCAUUUCAGCCUUUAUCUCUGCUGAUCAGUCUCUUUCCCCAACUCUGUUCUGUGGUUAGAAGGCUUGGAACAGAGUGGGCAGGUACAGGGAGGGAGCAGGCAGGUGAGAACAGGGGAAAUAAUGAAUCCCAGGACAGAAUGAGGACUGGGAUGUAAUGAGCCUGCAUGGGGAAGCUGAACUUGAACGUAGGGGAAGACUGGAGGUGGAGAACAGCCGAGGAUGAAGACGUGUGUUCUCCUCCAAAUAAAGCUGUAGUCUGAGCUCUUCUUGGGGACUUGAAUGCCACAUUGGUACUUUCUGCCACCUCUUCAAGCUAGCCUCACUUACAAUAGGUACUAAAACCAUAGGACACUUGAUCAGUGGAAGAUGGGUUUAGUGGCUAUCAAGGGUCAAGGUCAUUGGAAAGCUGCUUUAGCUAAGGAGCAGCUAGCUAAAGGCCAAGAGAUCAGACUGAGUUCUGUGACGUUAUCUGCGGGAAUAGGAUAAAGGAGUGUUUGGUACUGCUCUUGAUGGUGGGGAUAUAGGGUGGAAAAAUAGAUCACAUAACUCGAGGAACAUUUGAGGUUUGUGUAGAUGUGGACUGCAAGGGGAACCUUAUCAUGCCAGACCUAGGCUGGUCCACGGGGGAAAGGCACCAUCCUCAAUGAUCCAUGGAAGGACUUCUCUUGGCAGUUUCUCUGCCGACUUAAGCAUGGUAUGAGUGGAGAGCACUCCUGCGUGGGACCAUGUGUAACCUGUCUGGAGAGGAGCAGUAACCGUGUGUGGGUCCCGGGACAGCCCAGCUAAGUGCAUAACAGAAUUGCUGAGCAGCGAGACAAAAAUCUGCAUGCUGUCAUGGGAGCAAUCACUGGUUUCAGUGUCAGUGGGACUUGCCCAAAUAGAGUCCCUGUCGCGUGCUGUACAUAAGUGCCUUUGGCAGUGAUAAAGCAUGGCUUAUUUAAAUCUUAAAUAUUUCUAGUUUGCAAGUCUUACUGACUGUAUUUAGCGUUAUAGAGUUGGCUCUAAUGGGCACUGCUAUUCUUUGCUAGGUUGGGCUGCAUUGAAGUGCUUUCCACGGACAUCUAAUCGAUUGCAAAGUGUCGCAGGACCAUGAUGGGUUAUCUGGAUGACGUGCCUUUCAGAACGUACGGAAGCUUUGAGGAUGGCUCUGCAAAGGGGACCAGUUUAAUCAGCCCCCCUGACAUAGAGGUUCCUGACUGCAUGGAGAUCCUAAUGAGCACCAUGCACGAUUUCUCGUUGGAAAGGAAGGUGCUGUAUUGGAUUGAGGCUGCAUCUAGGCAAGCAACUCUUCAGUAUCAAGUGACCGCAGAAGCUGUCCCAACAGCUCCACCUUGCUGGCUGCUUUUGGUUGACUCGAAAGAGAACUUGGGCCUCCAGGUAAAGAAGAACGAGGCGGCUGAUGGAAAAGCCAGGGAUGGCAUGACAUUUGGAAACCACGUUCGGCGAUGCAUGAGCCUCAGCGCUGCGGAUGUGAGCUACGGCCGCCCCAGGGGCAGAGGUGUGCCCUCCGAGACAGAAAGCGAGGAGAGGUACUCAGAAAAGGAUGAGUCCUCGCAGGUUGAUGAGGAGUACUCAUCAUCCACAGAGAAAAGUAGCAAGGAGGAAGUAAUCAUCCCGAAGACCAAAACCAUUGUAAAGACUGUGCCUCGCUUCCCUCAGCUGGAUCAGCGCAGGCCAAAGACUUCUCCAGGGCUGUUAGAGCCACCCUCUGAAAGACACUGCAGUGAAUCAAAUAGCCCCGAUCUGAACAAGCAGAGGAGGUCCCUGGUUUUGUUUAAUAACGUGAAGAAUGAGUUGGAAGGAGCCAGAAAGAAGCUCGCUGCUCUAGUGCACCCUCUGUACAGAGCCUCCAUAGAAAAGAAACUCUCGCCAAGACCGUUCUUGCUGCGACGGUGCUCUCGAAGAUACACCCCUGCCUCUGAUGGGUCUUUGAAAGGAGCUCUCAUCCCGACACCCCCAUCCGCCCCUUCUGACUACUCGACGCCCCCAGCCACUCCUUGCCCCUCCCCAACACCUCCAGCCACACCGUGUGAUUACUCAACGCCCCCAGCCACUCCUUGCCCCUCCCCAACACCUCCAGCCACACCGUAUGAUUACCCAACUCCCCCAGUCACCCCUUGCCCCUACCCAACACCCCCGGACACCCCUUGCAAUUACCCACCACCUCUGCUCACCCCUUUCCGCUACCCAACACCCCCGGACACCCCUUGCAACUACUCAGCACCUUCAGUUACCCCUCGCAACUUCCUGACCCCUCCAACCACCCCUUGCUGCAGUCGCCGGAAGCUGCCCACCACUAGGUUGAUGCCUCCGAUAAAAAAACACAAGCCCAUAGUUGCGUCCCUCAACCCCUAUUCCUGCCUUCCAGCCCCUUCUGGGGCUGCGCGACCUCUGAGUUCCCACAGAUCCCGUCCGGACUCCACGGCUGACCUGCUCUCGGCGCUGAGCCAGGAAGAGCGUGACCUCAUCGAGCCAGUUUUAGCCUUGGGUUAUCCGAUCCGCAGAGCUAUCCUUGCUCUCCAGAAGACGGGAAGACAGAGUUUAGGUCAGUUUCUCAGUUAUCUUAGUGCCUGCGACAGGCUGCUGAAACAGGGCUAUGAAGAGGGGCAGGUGGAAGAAGCCAUGGAAAUGUUCCAGUACUCUGAGAAGAAGGCAGCUGAAUUCCUGCAUCUUUUAGCUCAGUUUGAUGAUAUGGGUUUCCAGCAAGCUGAAAUCAAAGAAGUUCUUCUGCUGUGUGAGAAUCAGAGAGAUAAAGCACUGGAAGAGCUCAUGACACGAUCACAGUGACAAAUGCCUGGCAACAAAGUGAUAUUUUUCCAGCAUUAGAUUGACCGCUGAAGCACCCUUGGCAUCAAUAUCGUUAUAGAGGCAUGAUUUUAAUUUACACUAAAAAAAAAUAUAUAUAGCUCAUCUGAAACAAACUUUCGGAGCUGUGUCUCGUUCUCUUCUCACAUUUUUGGACAUCUUGCCCAAGGGAUUCAACGGCUUUAUGUCAGAAACAGUUCUCUGUUUGUCCGCUCUGCACACGUGCGCUGUGAACUAUCUCAGUAGCUUGGAUAAGACUGAAUUGGGCCCAAACCUCUUCUGGCUUAAUUUUGGCAAAAACCAAAUCACAGCCUCUUCAGUCAAUCUGAGCCCCUAUGCAGUCUUUCCUGUGCUUUCUAUAUUGCAGUACCUGGAAAUGUGGCCCAAUGUGAGCUUAUAUCUAUCUAUCUAUCUAUCUAUCUAUCUAUCUAUCUAUCUAUCUAUCUAUCUAUCUAUCUAUCUAUCUAUCUAUCUAUCUAUCUAUGCACAAACCAAAAGAAGUUGUUUUCAUGCUGGCAGAAUUUAUUUUUCCUGGAGAAUUAGUUACUGCUGUCUUGAGAGGAGUAUAACUGGUCUGAGUCUCGUUUGACAGUUGUAACCCAAUUCUGAGUUUCCACCAAAUCAUAUUGGCUUCUCCUUUUAAAGGAGAAAGUUAAAAAGAGCAUUUGAUUAACUGAGCGCAAGCAAAGAAAACAGCCUUCUAUUGCAGUGUUGUGGGUAACUAAUGUAACAUGUUUGUCCACUGAAAUGAAAAAUGGGUUAUGCAAGUCUGAAGGCUUGCACGUACAGCCUUUCUGUGACAUCUGGACAGAGGGCUGGAGGAACGAUUCUGCUCUGCCGGUUUUAUCUUGUGUCCAAUUGAAGAAAACUUGGGACAAGGCCACCCUUCCCAAAAGUGGAGAGCAGUGGCUCAGCUACGCACGUUGUAUGCAGACUUCGAGACUCGGGAAACAUUGAGUGAAGAGGUUUUUUUUCCCUCUCCUUGGGUAACCGGCACACGAGGUAUGCAUCUGAUCCGGAUCACCUUGCUAGAUGUCACUUGGGCUUUGGCCGCUUUACAGAGGUCAAUGUUUUCACAAAGAUGAACUCAAGCACUAUAUUUUAGUUUGAAUCCAAUACAGAUGUAAUUGCUUUGAGUA